AUGAGGCCACCGCAAGUCUCGCUACAUAUUGGCACACCCGAAGUCUCUCCUCGUACCUCAUCCGAAUUCGAGGAAGUCCAGUACCCUUUCACGGACGGUUUUCAUCGAUCGCCUGGGUCUCGCCGAAACGAGGAAUUACCGUUACACUAUAUGGGCGAGGAUACAGCUCGCAGGAGGGUCCCGCGCGGACCCAGCGGGAAUGACAACUUCAGGCAGCGCCUGGGCAGCGCGGGGACGGAGGAGUACGAGAUGUAUGAUCAUGAAGGCAAGGACGUGUAUUCCAAAAUGAAGGAUAUGCGAAGUCCUCUGGGUAGUGGUCGACUCAGACGUCCGCCGCCGCCACCACCAACCACUGUGAGCGAAUUCUUGCAACAAAAUCUUGAACACAUCCCGCCAAUCGUUUACACCCUCCUCUCAUGUUGGACGCGCUUCCACAAAAUUGGCCAUUCCAAUACGGUUGUCUGGGAUGAGGCUCAUUUUGGAAAGUUUGGGUCCUUCUACUUGAAGCGCCAAUUCUACUUCGAUGUCCAUCCUCCCUUGGGCAAGAUGCUCGUCGCUCUCACCGGUCUACUGGCGGGCUACGACGGGCAAUAUGACUUUGCGAGUGGGUCAACGUACCCAGAUUCCGUCCCGUAUGUAGCUAUGCGCGUCAUGAUGGCAACAUUCGGUGUCGCCAUGGUCCCGCUGGCAUGGUAUACAGCCGUCGAGCUCGGCAUGAGCUCGAGGGCGUGCCAUUUGGUGACAUUGAUGGUGCUAUGCGACGUUGCAUGGCUGUGCAUAUCGCGGUUUAUUCUCCUGGAUUCCAUGCUUCUCUUCUUCACAUUCACUACCGUAUUCUGUCUCACCAAGUUCCAUAAUCAACAGUAUCAGCCGUUUUCAUUCGAUUGGUGGUUAUGGCUGUCUUUCACCGGUGCCUCAAUUGGUUGUGUGACAAGUAUAAAAUGGGUCGGUCUAUUUGUGACUGCACUGGUAGGUUUGUACACCAUUGAAGACCUUUGGGAAAAGUUUGGUGACCUCCGUAUGUCUGUGCGCGACCAAGCCAGACACUGGGGCGCGCGGAUAGGCUGUCUUAUCGUUCUGCCCGUUGUGCUUUACAUGGCCUUCUUCAAAAUUCAUUUCAUGAUAUUAAAUCACUCAGGUCCUGACGAUGCCAAAAUGAGCUCGCUCUUCCAAGCAAACUUAAUCGGCAACGAUUUUGCUCAUAAUCCACUUGGUCAGCCACACUCCGUAUCUGCUGCUCCCAUAUCUGACGUCGUUCCAGAGAUUGCCAUUGGCUCCAAAAUCACCCUAAAGAAUAUGGGAUGGGCUGGCGGCCUUCUGCACUCUCAUGUCCAGACUUAUCCUGUGGGUUCCAACCAGCAGCAAGUGACAUGUUAUCAUUACAAGGAUGAGAACAACGACUGGAUCAUCUUGCCCAAAUGGGAUGAGCCUUCAUACGAUGCUGCUGCACCUAUCAGGUUCCUCUCUGACGGCGAUACUAUACGUCUCAGCCAUGUUUCUACCAGACGCAACCUUCAUUCACAUCUUAUUCCCGCACCUGUAUCAAAGCUGAACAAUGAGGUAUCAGGCUACGGGGACGAUAAAGUCGGGGACUUCCACGAUUAUUGGGUUGUGGAAGUUGUCGAUGAUCUGCGGCGCGGCAGCAAAAGUCACGUCGACAAAAUUCAUUCUUUGACGACACGUCUCCGCCUGCGCCAUCAUGCUACCGGCUGUUAUCUCCGCGCCGCCAACGCCAUCCUGCCGCAGUGGGGCUUCAAGCAGAUUGAGGUUAGCUGCGAUAAAGACAACAACCCAGGCGACGUACAUACGUACUGGAAUGUCGAGACUCACACAAAUGAGCGAUUGCCGCCGGGCGAUCACAAGUUGUAUCGAACCUCAUUCAUUCGAGACUUCUGGCACCUCAAUGUCGCAAUGAUGACUACAAACAACGCCUUGGUCCCUGACCCGGAUAAGGAGGAUGUACUUGCUUCUAAACCAUCAGAUUGGCCUUGGAUGACUCUUGGUCUGCGCAUGUGUGGCUGGGGACCGACCCAGACAAAAUACUACCUUCUAGGCACACCGAUAGUAUGGUGGGGAGGGACGCUGAGUCUGUUCGUUGGAGUGGCGGUUCUUGCUUUGUAUCUGAUGCGCAUCCAACGCAAAUACGUCGACAUGGAAGCUAGGGAAUGGGAUCACUUCUUGUAUGUUAGUAAAGUUGCCAUGUUAGGCUGGCUGCUACAUUACGUCCCGUUCCUGAUCAUGGGUCGUGUGACCUAUGUACACCAUUACCUACCGACUUUAUAUUUUUCGGUGUUGAUGGCCGCCCAUCUCCUUGACCACUUUUUCUUCACUACACGACGACUUUCUGAGCGAACGAAAUGGAUAGUAUUUGGUUCAGCGGCUUUCGCAGUCGUCGCCUCAUUUUGGUGGUUUAGUGGAGUUGCGUUUGGCAUUGACGGGCCCAUUAAUGAUCAUUGGGGACUCAGAUGGCGUUCGAGCUGGAACAUAUACGAUGAUUGA